AUGGAGCAGCCCUCAGAAGCCCAGCAACCGGCGGAGACGCUGCCGCCGCUGUCACAAUCGCAGCCCGUCGAUACACCACAAGAGACGCCGUCUGUGCCCUCAAAACCGAUCCACAGUCUCGUCAUCGACACCGGACCGCUCAUCAAGAAUGACCCGCCCAUCAGCACGCUCCUUGCGCAGGCCGAAGAAUUGUACACACUGCCCUCGGUCAUACCCGAGAUCAAGGACGAGGCAACGCGGAUACGAGUACAGACGCAGCUGAUGCCCUUCUUGACCCUCCGCAGCCCAAAGCCUGAGAGCAUCACAUUUGUCACCAACUUUGCCCGCCGCACUGGUGACCUCGAAGUCCUCAGCAAGCCCGAUUUGCACCUGAUCGCACUGGCUUACGAGUUGGAAUGCGAGCGCAAUGGAGGAGACUGGAGACUGCGGAAAGAGCCCUCGCAAAAGAGAGUAAAUGGCAAGUCGCCCGCUCAAAUCGCCAAGGACGAGGCCGAGGCGGCAGAGAAGGGGGUCAGCAACACGGAGGAGGCUGCAAACGAGGGCGACAAGGAAGCAACAAUCACCGAGGUCGAUGCGACUAGCACAGAGCAGCAAGAUAGCACGAGUGCUGAGACCACUGCUCCUGAUAAUGCUCCCAUCGAUGGGCCAUCCCCCGCAGAGCAGCCAGAACAACCGGCAGAAGAGUCUACCAGUGUAUCGGAAGAUGCUCCCGUAAUAUCACAAGAGGCCAUUACACACCAACUCGACACCUUGACCCUCGAGCCCGAGAAGGAAAUCAUACCAGAACAGGAGGCCCCAACAGAGGAACAAGACCCCGCCCAAGCCCAAGAAGAUGACGACGAUGAGGAUGGCUGGAUCACACCGUCCAACCUGAAGAAGCAUAAGCAAAAGGACCAGCAGGCGGCGCCCGAGCAGCCGAUCCAGAGGCUUCUGCAGGUGGCGCUUCUCACGUCGGAUUACGCCAUGCAAAACGUGCUCCUGCGCAUCAACCUGAACCUGGUGUCGCCCAGCAUGGCACGCAUCACGCGCGUCAAGCAGUGGGUGCUGCGCUGCCACGGGUGCUUCCAGAUCACGCGCAUCAUGAGCAAGCAGUUCUGCCCCAAGUGCGGCCAGCCCACCCUGACGCGCGUGAGCUGCUCGACGGACCAGAACGGCAACUUUCAGGUGCACCUGAAGAAGAAUUUCCAGUGGAACAACCGCGGCGCCGUCUACAGCGUACCCAAGCCGGUCCACGGCACGUCCAACGGAAAGUACCGGGGCCAGGGCGGCGGCAAGAACGGCUGGGGACGAGAUCUCAUCCUGGCCGAGGACCAGAAGGAGUUUAUCCAGAAGACGGAUGCCGAGCGGCGGCUCCGCCAGCGGGAUCUGAUGGAUGAGGAUUACCUCCCCGGCAUUCUGACGGGCUACAGACAGAGUGGUACCGGCAAGGUACGUGUGGGAGCUGGUCGAAAUGUCAAUUCGAGGAAGAGAAACUAG